UUCGUUUGCGCCCUUCUUUCUCGUAUUUUUUCUAUUUAUAUCGGGUAACGUCCACAUCUUUUUCGACGGGAUAUUAUCGAUAAAUUUAUUUCAGGACGGGACCACAUUUGACACUGUAACAAGGCCCUAAUCGUUCUCUUAUUUCUGUAAGAUCUGGUUGACAAAAGGCACGGUAACGUAAAAAGCUCGUGCUACUACCGUUGUGCACGCACGCCGCUUAUGACGUCAUUUCCUACUUCCAUACGCACAGGGCCGGGGCGCAGUCGGAACAUGCGCAUGCGUGACGCCAAUCCGGAAGUGUUCGCGAAGGAACCCAAACAUCGGGGGCGAGGAGAGCCGUGCGGACGGAGCGCAGCCCGCCGAGACCCGUCGAUGAAGCACGGAUGUCUCGGAAAGCGAAGGAAGAGUAUCAUCGGUUCUUCUCCGUGAGAGACCCACGCACGCACGAGAAGGGAUACACGGAGUAUAAAGUCACAGCUCGGUUUGUCUCAAAGAAGAAGCCGGAGGAUGUCAAAGAGGUGGUGGUGUGGAGGAGGUACACGGAGCUGAAGAAGCUGCACGGAGAGCUGUCCUAUACUCACCGCAACCUUUUCCGACGCCAGGAGGACUUUCCCCCCUUCCCUCGUGCCCAGGUCUUCGGACGGUUUGACGAGGCGGUGAUUGAGGAAAGGAGGAAGGCAGCAGAGGCCAUGCUUCUCUUCACCACCAACAUUCCUGCUCUGUACAACAGCCCACACCUCAAGGACUUUUUCAGGGGUGGGGAGAUGAGAAGGCCAUUAGACAUUACCGCUAUCCCCUCUUCCACAUCCCUGCCUCCUCCUCUCAUACCGCUACCUCAAGCGUCUUCAAAUGACUGGACAGAAGAAGAAAGGGGGACUGAGGCACCAGCCCUACCACAGGAGGUGUGCUCAGCCUUGGGGGUCGAGCUGGAGGAGCCGGAGGCUGCGGUGGAGGCCUGCAGUGACAUGGAGAGCAGUCCCGCACAGAUGACCGAUGCAGAGACAGAAGCAAACCCAGAGAGCGACGCACAUUCGCCCCUCGGAGCAAGAAGCCCCUCCGCGAAUUUCAGAAGGAAGCUGUCAGAAUCUCAGGAGGAGCUGGACUUGCUGUUUGACUCUGUGGGGGAAGGACAUCUGGAUGAAGCCCCACUAUCUCUUUCAGAGACUGAUCUUGCCGUCUUCGAUCCUUGUGCCAAAGAAGAUCUAGCCAGUGCAUCACAUGACCACUCUGAGCUGCUGUCGCUCCCGCUGGCCGGCCCAGACAGUGCUCUAGGAUCAAGUGCGGAGGGGGCAUACCUCACCCAGGCAGCCGACGAACUGAAUGCAGCCAUGGAGAAGGAGAAGGAAGGGGAGUACAAUGGCGCCAUACUCCGGUACAAAGCUGCUGUGGACAUUCUGAUCAAAGGAGCUCAGGUGGACCCGGACCUGCAGCGCAGGCAGUCCGUGAAGAGGAGGACCGCGGAGUACUUGAAGCACGCCGAAAUGCUGCUCUCGCUGCAGACUUCCACUCGGGAGCACGAUACGUAGGCGGGAGCAGGCCCUUCGCGCGCACACACUCCAACCUUCGUGCACAUUCCCACUCCCUCUGCCUUGGACUGGGACACACAGUCUCUGACACACGCAUAUACCAACAACCCUUGAGCACAAUAUAACAAAACACUAUUAUAAAUUCCAUCGCAAUAACAGGAAAGUUAUAGUGACAAAUAUUUAACCUGUUUAGUUACAAUAAAAAAGACAUGUUGAAAAGCCUUAAUCAGGCCACUGAUCCACUGAUCUUGGUUGAUCUUUAUUGAUUUCGAGCAUUAGGAUUUGUUUGUCUAUGGUUUUCUUGUAAAUCAGGUUUGUACUGUACUGUAUGUCUAACCGACUUUUAAUAAAGAAGCGACAGCGCGCCGGGUUGCGGUUGCAGUUGCAGUGACGCGGUUCGGCUACCGGGUGUCGCUGCAGACACAAGGCCGAUCUCGUGCCAAGCGAGUGCAUCGGAGAGCGCGUGCACAACAAAGGAAAAAUGUGUGGAAAUGAGGCCCUCGCUUAGGAAUACAUAUUGACACACCUAGUCACUUCCCUGC